AUGACUUUCCAGCAUAUGGAAAUCUUUCAGGAUGGUCAACUAAAGGCAAUAUUGCAUGUCCCUGUUGCCAUAAACACACAAUCAAUUUCCUUACGCAAUAAAUUGUGUUAUAUGGGGCAUCGUUGCUUCCUUCCCAUGAACCAUCCAUGGCGUAAAAAUAGGAUGUUAUUUGAUGGGAAAGUGGAAAUGGGGAUCGCACCUAGACCUUUAACAGGUGAUGAAGUACUUAUGCAAUUACAUGAGUUGGGGAAUGUGAGUUUUGGUAAAGUGCAAAAGCGAAAGCGUAAUGUUUCUAACAAUGCUUAUAAUUUGAAGAAGAAAAGUAUAUUUUUUCAAUUACCUUAUUGGAAGAGUCUUAAGUUAAGACAUAACCUUGAUGUGAUGCACAUAGAAAGAAAUGUAUCCGACAAUAUUUUAUCAACUGUGAUGAGUAUGGUUGGUAAGACAAAGGACACAUUGAAAAGUAGAUAUGAUUUGGUGGACCUUGCUAUUAGGCAAGGGUUGCAUCCAAUUGAGGACGAGGAUAAUAUUUUGUUGCCGGCAGCUUGCUAUGCAUUGUCCCCUCAAGAGAAGUUGAAGUUAUGCAAUUUCAUAGCUAAUUUCAAGGUUCCAGAUAUUUUACCCGUAGCUAUACGUGGUUUGUUACCUAAGAAAGUGUGUGAACCAAUUAUAGCCUUAGGUAAUUUUUUCAAGAAUCGAUAUGCUAAGUGCCUGAAAAUUGAAGAUCUUGAUAUCCUAGAAGCUGAAAUUCCUAUCAUAUUAUACAAACUUCAAAUGGUUUUUCCUCCGGCAUUUUUUGAUAUCAUGAUUCAUUUGCCAAUACACUUGGUAAGAGAGGCAAAACUUGGUGGACCAGUUCAAUACCGUGAUAUGUACCCUAUUGAGAGGUAUUUGCGAACACUUAAGGGAGAUGUUCGCAACCUAGGUCGUCCAGAAGGUUCAAUUGCUGAAGGUGCAUCGAUAUUCAAUAUUUAUGGCGAUGGAUUUAGGUUUCAAACAAAAGAACUUGUGAGAAAAACACAGAAUAGUGGAGUACUUGUUAGGGGAGAUGAUGCAGACUCUAAUAAGAAGUAUUAUGGUGUAUUGGAGGACAUUUAUGAGUUGCGUUAUGUGGGAAACAGAAAAGUUUAUCUAUUCAAGUGUCAUUGGUGGGAUGUGGCUCACCUAGGAAGAGGACAUAAGAUCGACAGUUAUGGGUUUACAAGUGUGAAUACUCAUUGUGCUUUGAAUACAAAUGAGCCAUUUGUGCUGGCAUCUCAAUCUGAGCAAUUUUUUAACUUGAAUGACACGAUUGAUAAAGAUUGGCUCGUUGUUGUAAAGACAAAUCCCCAUGACGUUUUCAGUAUGCCUGAAGUUGAAGAAGAAUUAAUAAAUGAAGAAGUUUAUCUACAAGAGGAAGUGGAAUGUAAUAUCUUGAGUAUCAAUGACCAAGAAAUUGAUAUUGUGGUGUCUUUACAUAGGGAUGAUAUUGAACCACAAACUGUUUUGCGUACCAAUGAUGAAGAAAAUCAGGAUGAUGAUUUUAUUAAUGACAAUAAUAUAGAUGUAUUUGAGAAUGAAGAAAGCGAAGAAGAGUUAAUUGAUGAUAAUGAUGGAGAUGACAGUGAUACAUCCUUUUGA